AUGUCAUCACCAACCCCGACCUCUCCAGAGGAAGCUGUAGAGGAGGCCGUUCUAGAUCCUGAGACCCCUCAGAAACCCACCGAAGAUAACGAUGAAAAAGAAGCACCGAAGUCGGCACCGCCAGCAGCGGCAGCUCGCGGCCGCCCGCGCGCCAAAUCGACAAGAGAGCCGACACUUCUCCAUGAUUUCCUUCUGGGUCGGCCCUCAAGAUCACGGCAGACGGCUGAGCGCCAGAGGAGGAUGAGCUUGGAAGCUGUCAAGGCCGAACUGCGACAUGAAAUGAGGCAGUCCCAAGUGAAGCGCGUCCCACCCCCCAACGGCGUCCGAGAUCGAGUCAAGAAAUGGCAAAAGGCCAACGCUGCCGCUUUGGAACAGACACCAGAUGAUGCAGCGACCGAACCACCCGAUGUUGCAUUUGACGACGAGGAUUUUCAGAGUGUGACAGAAGAGGAUCGGGUCCGUAUUAAGCUGAGGAAAAAGUCCAAACCUCCUAGCAACAAAACCAAGGAGAGUCUGCCUGCAGAAGAAGAAGAGGCUGUGCCAGAAAAGACGCCCGUCAAAACACCCGUCAAAACACCCGAGCCACCACCGCCGAUUGUAACACCAAAGAUCGCGACACCAAAAACACCCACACCAAAAACACCAACGACAAAGACACCUGCACCAAAAACACCAACAAUAGCAAAGCAAGUAAACCCACCGCCUAAGAAGCGUGUUGUCAGCGACGAACAUUGGAGAAAGAAUCGGAAACACGGGACGAAAAAGACAUCGCCCGCCAAGAUCCCUGCCCCGACCAAAAUACCAAAAGACUUCAUUUUUCGCACCCAAGCUAAUCCCAAGGUUGCCAACAGAGUCAAGGCUUGGGCAGAGAUGGUCGAAAUUCCGGAUCCACCAGCACCGAGGAGUCACAAGUCAUCUAAAUCACUGGGCGCAAGACCAUGGAUGGACGAUACAGAUAGCGAGUUUAUGAGUGACAGUGAGUUGACAGUAAGCAAUGUCACCAGCAGUCGAGUAACCGCCCAACGGUCUGCCAAGUCAGUGUCGGGACAUGAUGACGGAAUUCGAGUCAAGCCCAUUCGAAAGAAGAGACAGAGUGGCGAUGGUAUCCGGGUGAGAGCCAUGAGGACGAACCUCACUGACGACGAAGGAAUUCGAGUAAGACCUAUGAGCGACAUCUCGUCCAAUGCUGGAAGUACAGUGAGGAGUGUUAGACUACGGCUCAAGUCUGCUCCUAGCUCACGGAGACCUAGCAUGAGCUCCGUGAGAAAGGAGAUGAAGAAGCAGAUGACAGACACUCCCAAGAGCGUUGGUGGAGAGAACUCCGAGGUAUCGAGCAAGAGGUACAGCGAAGCCAUUGAGGAUGGUUCAGAAUUAUCCAAGACAACGAGGACAAACGAUAAGUCGGAUUUGUCAAAGAAGGCUCCUAUCGAGGCUGCGGAAGAUGGUCCUGCAACUGAUACUCCUACGAAGAAGAGAGUUGCAUCAUCCAGCAAAUCAAAGCCGCGACCCAAGAGUUACCAGCCUCCCACGACCAAACAGAAGGGCAAGGAAACAUGGGUACCCGAUGAUGAUUCCACUAUAGAACCCUCUCAACUUGAUGGGUCAGAUUUGUCGUCUAGUCUACUGGCAAAGUCUAUAGCGGAUAUCCCCGGGGACAUCCCAUGGGGCAACUCUGCAUUUACCGAACUUGAUCUCCCUCUACGUGCUCGUGGAGGUCCACUUCGGAGUCGUCCUAUCCGUCCUGCUCGCCCCGCCAAACCUGAACGAAACACAAGCUUCAAAAACAUGCCUAAGGUUUUCAAGAAGGUCAUGGAGGGUGCCAACAAGAUGAUUCAUGAAAUCAACGAGCAUCCUCCUGCAAGGGAUGCUGUGCCUAAUAAGCCAACAAGUAUCGAGAAGUGGCUUAAUACCACUGUUGAUCCCUUUGUUGAGGAGCCCAAAGCGGAGCCACCCACGACUCCUCUGAGCGAGGACAUGACGGAUGAGCCGUCUUCGCCUGAAACGAUCAAGAGCCACCGUCGUACAUCUCGCGUUGAGAAGAGGAACACGUCUACGAGCACGAGCAAGACAGAGACGGUGGACAAAACUAUUCCGAGUGAGCCAUUGCCAGCGACUCCAGAGCCUGCACAAGAGCCUGUCAAGAAGAAACCUCAACCAACUCCUUCACCGAAGCCUGCACCUGCCAAGGAACCUACACCAGAGCCCGAGCCUCCCAAGAAAUCGACUCCCAAGCCUGAGCCCAAGCCUGAGCCCAAGCCUGAGCCCAAGCCUGAACCAAAGUCUGAACCAAAGCUUGAGCCUGAACCUGCGCGACAACCUUCCCCAGAAACAAUCACAGAUCUCUCAACGGAUCUCUCAACUGAUCUUUCAACCGAUCUUUCAACGGAGCUUCCAGCACCAUCGCCAGUGUCGUCACCUGAUCCGGACUCCAAGACCAAACCAAAGCGUCAGGACACAAAGCACCCCGCGAAGGCUUCAGGUCUCACAGGUUUGAAGAGAGCCAAAGCAACACGGAGCACACCUCCUCCCAAGUCCGGUCCCAAACACUCACUCUUCGGUAUGCUGAAGGAAGCAUUCACGGGUGAAUCAGUCAAUUCUCUUCCCAAAGUAAAGCCUUACCAAAGUCGAGAAGAACGACCGUAUGACGAUGAGCCCGAAUCGAUGUAUGCCGAAUCUAGAUACAACGACUCCCGCUACGAUGAUUCAAGAUACGAGGAUUCACGAUACGAUGAUUAUCGACAUGGGGACUCUCGCUACGAUGACGACCGAGUUUCUGAAGGGUCCGAAAAUUGGACUGAAACAGAGUUAUCCAAGACUGAAAAGUUAAGAAGCGUUAGAUCCGUAUCUCCCGAAGAAGAGCGGAAGACACCCAAACCUCAAAAGACACCAGAGCCUCAAGAACUGCCGCCUCGAGAGCAGGCUGAGGAACUAGAGCAGGCUGGGGAUGCUCGAGCGGCUCUGCCAUCAGCGCGUAUGAUGGGGCCGCGUCUCCCACCGCCAACUAGGGGUCAAUAUGAGUUGUCAACAAUCCUUUCCGAGGAGGGUUCUAGUGCUGUCGAAUCGGAUCUACCGACCGAUGUCACCCAAUCCACUCUUACGCAAUCCACAGGUUUCACAAAAGGCAAUAGUCGGCGUUCGAAUUCGCGUUCGAACUCAAAGAAUCAAGGUUCUGGCCUCAAGAGGCGUCUGACACGUCACUCUGAUCUUGUAUCAGUUCUCUCUCUUCCCGACGAUAAAAACGUCCCCAGCGCCAUCAUCGGUAACCGCUCCAGACCAAGUAUGCGAAAAGCCCGAGGUGGGGCAAACGAUGUGACGAAUGACGAUCUUCUCAAGGAAUUUGCCGAAGAUGAAAGUCUCUAUCUUAGAGAGUUGAAGACAUUGGUCUCUGGUGUUAUCCCAGUUCUUCUACAGCAAGUCGUUAAUGGCGACAAUGGAAACGAACUUUUCGGCUCUGGUGGCCAAGUCACCAAGGCAGACGCCCUUUCGAAGUCUGUCGUGAACAUGGGAGUUGCUCUGGAGAAGCUUCAAAUGGCCCAUCGCAAAGCUCCCAUUCAAGAUAUUCGUCGGCUUGCUUCAUGGGGUCACGGAGUCGUGCCCAUCUACCACAAGUACCUGGACGCUUGGAGGCUGGGCUUUCAAGAUCUCGUUGUCAACCUUGCACCAGUGGCCGGAGUGUUAGACGAUGAAGAUUCCCUGGUUGGGGCUAUGCCACGGAAUGACGCUGGCGACAUUAUUGAUGCCGCGGGUGAGCGAGUUGACGUGGCUCAUCUGCUCAAGAGACCCUUGCUCCGACUGAAGCAAAUCACCAAGUUCUUCAAAUGCGUCGACUCCAUAAUUGGAACCAACGACACAUUUGAUCUUUUGAGCGACUUUGAGGAUCUACAAGAAAAGGCACGUCGUCGACACCGUGAAGAAACGGCCAGGUUGACAGACGAAGAUGCGAUUAACACCGAUACUACGAGAUCGCGCGACCUACGAACCCUUGGUCCCAUGGAGGAUGUGUACAUCGAGCCAUCACGACAAGUCAGUGCCAAGGAUUUCUUCUCACUGGACCUGGCACACUCCAAUGGUCAACGUCUGGAGUGCCAGGUUGAGUUGGUACACCGAGACAAUCAACGCUUCCCUGAAGACAAGGGCGACUUAUUGAUCCGUGAAAAUGGUGUCAAGGGCCGAUCAUAUCUCCUGUUUCCGCCGGUGCCUAUUGAGUUGAUUUCAGCCAGGACAGGCGAUGGAAAUUUCGACAUGAUUAUCAUGAUACGGGGAACACACAACGACAGACCAUGGCAUGAGCUACUCAUACUGACGACCGAUAACGAAGAUCAGAUUUUGGACUGGCUCGACAUCCUUCCUGUCUCCCCCGUGCCCCCCAGAGAGCCAGAGCCCAGUGUAAUUGAUGAUGAUGAACCAUAUUCGCAAUCUCAGAUGCAGGACGUUCCAGUGGGCGUUCGAGGAUCAUCUCGCAAAUACUCAGCCCAAUCUCUUCGAAACUCUCAAUCUCGCCGCUCAUCUGCCGCCGAGUCACCUCCAUCAAGCCCAACAACACCCAGGCGGUCACUUCCAACCAGAUACCGUCCUCGGUCAGCCUCGCCAGUGACUUCUCCCCCUCUGAAAUCCCCCGACUACUAUGAUUUACAAGGAACGGCAGACCAGUACGAUUUUGAGGAACGACCUAUGACCUCACAUAGUAUGCAGCCUGAUCCUCUCAACAUCCGCAAGAGCGAUGUAUCUUCACGAGAUGAUGGCGCGCCACCACCACCAGCUCAUCGAACCUUGAGUCCCAGUCCUCAGCCAACAUCCAAGUCCAAGUACUCCAAGCCCCCUCCUCUGGAGCCACCCACCAAUAGCCGUGUCAAACGUCGCACAUCCUCUCCACUCAAGCAUGAAUACCUACCCUCGGACCAGUCGUCGAUAUCUGGAACUUCUAUCACAGAAGGUACUUACGAGCAUACCGAGGAGGAGGACUACACCGAAUCAGACUACAGCUACGAUACUUCCGACGAUGACGAUAUUGAGAGCGUCGAUCUGCCUGAGACUGAGCUAGGAGUUAGUAUCAGAGAUGACGCUAGAUCCCGAGACUACGCCAGAGAGGAGCUGGAGACAUUGCACGAAGAAGAGUAUCCCGAAGACGAGCCAAAACGCCAUCAACUGCAUGAAUCAAUCAUAUCAGGUCCAGCAGAUAGCCUGACACCUUCGAACUCUGCCUCUCAGGCUGGCCUAUACGGACAAAAGAUGGCGCCCGAGGAGAACGUCCAAAGAUACAGUGCUAUGAUUUCAAGGUGGUCUGAUAAGGGCAUGUGGAAGAACAUCGCGGCAGAGAACCUCUCAAUCAUUGUCACCCCUGGUCAGAUUGAGGCCUACGCCGUCCACAGCGGAGCUGUGCAAGGGGACAAGCCAAUGCUCGCACUUGAUCUCACUCCUUUAGUGCUCAUUCGUCAAAGCACUGCUGUCGACCUUGAAAUUCGCUCUUCAGUAAGGUCAGACUGUCACCUAGCCAGCUCUCACAGUGGAGGAAACUUCCGUUUCCGAUGCCACAACGGACCUGACUGCUACAACCUUUACAUGUCGGUUCACCACGCUCGUCUCAAUAACCAGAAGUUCAUCCAACUUGAAAACGAGGCACGAUUCAGAAGCUUUGGUGAACUGAAGCCACCUGUUGAGAAUGACGACACAAGCAGCCGACGACGAAGCUGGUUUAGCCGUAAGAACAGCUACCGUGGCUCAGUUCGUGCGCCUACCCUAUCUUAUGAUGGUGCAAGCACUACUCCCUCAUCUACUCUCUCCGCUUCCAGCUUCCUCAAGAGACUCACUGGGCGCGGACUCCCCUUCAGCUUGGCCCGAUCCUCUGUGAAGCGCAACAGCCGCUAUGGUGGUAGCAACACUCCCGGGUCUUCUUCUUAUGGCGGCAACAGCCCCCGCUCACCCUCCAUCAGCGUCGAGAACAGCGGUCGCGGACCCUCCAACUUUGGAACGGAAGACCUCAAGAUCCGCCUGCACCUUCUCGUCGCAGCCGCCAAAUGGGAGGACUUUGGCAACUGCAAGCUUUCAAUCCAACGACCUCCUAGAGGCUGGCGCCAGGCUCUUCGUGCCGACCACGGUAUGGAGAAGCGGGUUACUGUUACUACUAUCCCACGCAAAGACUCAGAGAAGCCAAAGGUCUUGCUGGAUGCCGUUCUAGGUAGCGGUUGUUUCACGGCAAUGGGUAGCCGCGGUAUCGUGUGUGGCGUCUGGGAGGAGAUGAAGGGCAGUAACGGUGUUGCCGGUGUUGUUCCACCUACAGGUCCAACAGGCGGCAACGUCAAGAAGUGGUGCUUCCAGUGCGCCAGCGUCGCCGAAGCAAGCUGGGUCCUGAGACUUGUUCACCAAGAAGUCAUGACCAUCUAA